CCAUCUUCGAUUCAUUCUAUUAUCAUCUCUUCUUCGCUGAGCGCUCGAACAAUCUAAGGCUUUGGACAUGUACAAAAAAUUGUAUAUCGCCUCCCUGCUGGUAGCUGUGGCAUUCGCAGCCCCACCGCGUCAUUCCACUGGUGGUCGCACCACUGGUGACGCUGACGCAACUAUCCUGGCCCAGGAUUCGGUUAUCAACGAGGAUGGCAGCUAUGCGUAUAACUACGAAACCAGCAACGGUAUCCGUGCCAACCAGCGAAGCCAGGAUGGUAUCAGAGCUAGCGGACAGUUUGGUUUCGUGGCCCCCGAAGGUGUGGACAUUCAGCUGAGUUACACCGCCGAUGAGAACGGAUUCGUGCCACAGGGUGCCCAUCUGCCGAUUGAGCCACCAGCACCAGACCACGUUAUCAAGCUACUGCAGGAUCUGCGUGCCACCAACAAUCGUGACUUCGAUUUGGCUCUGCUUGACUCCACCAUCGCCCGGUUGAAGGCUACCCAGGGCUAAGCGAAUGCAUUGUUCCAAACGGUGGAAUAUUGUUGUACAGGUUCCGAACGAAAAGAUUGUUAGCGUUAUUUGAUUAGGUGUUAAGUAAAAAUGAAUAUAUUGUUUUAGGUGAACAUUA